AUGUGCCCUGCGGUGGUGAAUGCGAUCUUUUGGCAUGUGGGCUCACUGGCCUUUGGCUCGCUGAUCCUGGCGAUUGUUCAAUUCUUGAAGUGGAUGAUGCGUUUCCUAGCGGAACAGGCCAAAGUGCGGAAGAACCGGGUGGCGCAGGCCAUCUUCAGGGCCGCUGCUUGCUGCCUUUGGUGCUUCGAGAAGUGCCUCAAGUUCCUGAACAAGAAUGCUUACAUCCAGAUCGCGCUGAAAGGCACCGACUUCUGCACCUCAGCCCAGAACGCCUUCGCGCUGGUGCUGCGGAACUUGAUCCGCUUUGGCGGCCUGGCGAUGCUGGGCGCCCUGCUGUCCUUCAUAGGCGUGGUGUUUAUGUGCAGUGCCACGGGCUUGAGUGGGUACUUCAUCUUUCAAGCCUUCUACCCUGAGCUCAGUCCCAUUGUGCCCACCAUUCUGUACGUUGUCAUCGGCUACAUCAUCGGCCGCGCCUUUCUGAAUGUGUUUAGCUUGGCCUGCGACACGUCCAUGCAGUGCUUCAUCAUCUCCGAGGAGAUGUCCCACCGUGGGGACUUCGUGCCUUCAGCUUUGCAGUCCCUGAUCGUGGAGCAGGACCUCAACAGCGGGCAAAGCAAGUCCUGCUGCUGA